CUUCUAUCAUUGGUUGGGCAGGACAUGAGUGCUCACAUGAUUGGUCUCCAUAGCAAUUGUACACUAAGAAGGUACACAGGGAAACAGAAGGAGCCAGCAUCAGAGGGUCCUUGGCUGCCAUCGCCAGCUGCAAUUAAAAACUGUUAAGCAGAAACAGCUUAUGAAUCGCUGAAACAUUUUGCUGAAUAAGACCUCAGUGUUCAUCAAACAUGGCAUCAGAGGUCCUCCCCGUGUCCCAGCUGCCAAUGCGGGCCUCACCUCAGCAGUCACAUUCCCCAUUUAACAAUGGACAGAGGGUCUUGAAACCAGGUCAGAAGAAUCGCCCAAGUCUUGACUGUAUGAAGAUGCUAGAACCUGGCCGAAAAAAACUAAGCUCGGUGGAAACCCAGAGGGUGGUGGCAGCACUUGAUGAGACAAUCAAGAAGCUUGAACUUGUCAGUCUUUUCCAGUAUUCCAUUGAAAACCUGGAGAGAUAUAGCAUAGUGUUUGGCUCUGAGCUGACGGGAGCUUUGAGGGAGCACCACAGACUACAAAUUAACAUGCAGAGACAACUUAGUCACUCGAGUAAAGAAUUAACGGAAGAAAAGGGACAGCAAGGAUCGUUGUGGGGAAAAACAAAUAUGGCGGAUACGGCUCACAUGAAUUUUACAACACUUCGUCAAGGAGUUCAAAGUUCAGUAAGAAACGUCUUGAGGUUGUUCUUGGCUAACCCUACUGCCAGUAAAGCAGUGAGAUCCGAAGGGCAAGUAAGAGAUCAGGCCUCCCAGAAACUCAUCCAAAGCCUUUCAGAGUUGAGAGGAUUUCUUUUUGAGAUGCUCCUGACCAGCCCUCUUGAACAGAAGGAGAGGAUUCGCUUCCUCCAGGAGAUCACUCUCAGUGACCAUAAGAACAGGGAGGCUUUGUCAGCUUUAGAAGAGGAGCUUAAUGCAGCUAUUCUUGAUCGUGACACUGAGAUUGCAAAGGAAAAUGAGGUUAUCCGGCAGUUGAAGAUCAGUAUACAUCAGCUGGAGAAAAAUUCGGAGUGCCAAGCGAGACGUACACUGCAAGAGGCAGAGAAACAGCAGAAGUCAGACCGCCGCGCCUCGGAAGGGAAGUGUGCAAAGCUCCAGCAGGACCUUCAGCAACUAAGAUCACAGCUUAAUGGUGCAAUUGUUGAAAACCGUGAGGUUGAGCUAAGCCUCAGAAAGAAAAAGUAUAAAGUUGAAACAGAAAUUGAAAACUGGAUACAGAAAUAUGAUGCAGAUAUGGGAGAGAAACAAACUGAGCUGGAAGAAAUAGAAGCUGUGUAUGAAGAGGAAAAGGCUCAACUGGCAGAACUAAAGGAGAAGCUGUCAGUCUUCGAGGUUGAAUAUGUGCAGAUUAUGGAAGAAAGACAUCAAGCCCAAAUAAAGAAGGAAGCUGAAGAAAAGGAAUUGGCCAAGAGGAACCAAGCAGCCGCCUUCAUUCAGGCACACUGGAAAGGGUAUCGGGUCCGCAAAGCAAUGAAAUCCAAGAAAAAGAAGAAGAAAAAGGGAAAGGGGAAGGGAGCUAGUGGUAAAGGGAAAGGCAAGAAAGGCAAAAAGUAGUGCAUACUACAUAGUAUUACAACAUGAAUGUGUCUCUUAAGUUUCAACUAUGCUCUUUUAUCUCUACCAGUCAUUCAGUUAUAGAGCUUAUUAUACCAUGUGAUUCCUGUUUGCAGGAACAGUGGUUAAAUUCAGAAAAAGUAAAAACAAAAAACAAUAUCCACUAUAUCCUUAAAAACAAUAAAUCUGUUGAAAAUGCUUGUUAA